AUGAGGGCAGGUUGGGACCGUGGUGGUGGUGGCGGUGGCGGUGAACGUACGGUAUGUGGGCUAACACAUGAAACGUCAACCUAAAUUAAAAAAAUGCGCUUUCCUGUCGAAAAGACUAUUUAAGUAGGGUUGUAAAACUAAUCAACCUACAGCAUUAUUCAGUAAUAAUUAAAUCACCUCAGGAUUCCGGCUUUUGAAUGAACUUCUUUCCGACUGCAUGCAAGAACUAUACUCUGCAAAACAUGGCUACUUAAGUAGCAUGCAAUUGUCUCAUUGAGUUUCGAUGCCCUUAAAGAUUCCAUUAUAUUUCAUGGAAAACAUGCAUAAAAAUAUUCAAUCUUUUGCUCAUUCAGUAGAAAAUCACGUCUCUUUCCAAUUUUAUACCCGAAGAAAGGGUAUAAUUCGAUUUUAUAAAACUUUUCUAAUUCCCGAAUAAGUUUGAACCCGAACUGCCGUUGCACUCGCAUUCAGGGUUCCCAAACUACAAGCCGCAUAAUUUCUGCGUACGGAAAACCAUGCAUUUCCCUACCUUAUUAAGAGGAGACCAUGUGGGGUUCAUAAAAUUAAGCAGUGGAUUUGAGCCACAUUGCUAACUUUACAAGCCACAUUAGUAAAUGCAGAGACAUGACGUUUUUAUGAAGGGCCAUUUCAGGGUAUUAAAAAAUCUCACAAUCAGAAACUUUUUUAAAACCGAAUUAAACCCUGUCUUCGAGUAUAAAAUUGAAAGAAGUCUUAAUUUUCUACCGAAUGAGCAAAAGAAUGAAUAUUUAUAUGCAUGUUUUCCAUGAAAUACAAUAGAAUAUUUAAGGGCAUCGAAAAUCAAUGGAAAAUGCAUGCUUCCUAGGUAGUCCUUUCUUAGGGAGUAUGGUUUUUGGAUGCAGCCGGAAAUAACUUCAUUCGAAAGCCGAAUUAUUAUGGAAUUAUGCUGCAUGCUGAUUAAUUUUACAACCCCUCUUAAUGAUCCCUUUCGACACGAAAAUGCAUUUCGGAAUUUCGGUUGACAUUUCAUGAGUUAGCCCACCUACUUUAAGUUCUGACUGUACGUAAACAGGUAUUUUCAGCCGCAUCAAGAACUCCGGGUGUGUGGCGCAGUUAGGUAGAGCCGAGUUCGAAUCACAUGGAAGGCGAGUUAACAAGGCCAGUCAUAACCGUUAAACACACAAGUUUAGACUGCCAAUUCCAUCAUGGGAGUCCUGCCCCUCUUUACGCCUCUAUGCUCCAUUCACCUUUCAGAUUGCCUACGCGUUGGCAAAACUAACUCCAAUAAGUCCGGAGUUUGCAUUUGGUCUCUUCAUUGCCGGUUGUGCCCCGGGCGGUGGCGCGUCAAACGUGUGGACACGACUUCUGGGCGGCGAUCUCGAUCUGAGCAUCACCAUGACGCUGAUCAGCUCUCUGGCUGCUCUGGGUAUGUUUACUUGA